CAAAUUAAAGCGGUCGCGGUUCGGCAAAUUCACGCCGACGUGAAAUUGAAGCUACUUCGGACUUCGGAGCUUUGUAUAUAAAGCGGCGGUUACCAGAAGCAGAGCGCUAAAGCUUUGAUUUGUAUCGGGAACGACGUCGUUUAGCGGCAAUGGCUCAGGAGAAGUACUCUCAGCGCGCUUUGUUCGGCGGCGCUAUCUCUAGCCUCUUCCCUGAUCGAUUUCAGGAUGUGAGCAAUGUUCGUCAGGUUCCUGAUCACCAGGAAGCAUUUGUGGACCCUGCAAGGGAUGAGAGCUUGAUCAUUGAGCUGUUGGAUUUCAAGCCUGACGUUGCGGACAGUGGAAGUGCUACCUGGUUUCUUCAGGACCUUGCCACGGAGCAGGAUGCCGAGGGAAGCGUGGUGAUUGAGCAGACGGGAGUCGUUGAGGUUCCUGGACUAAGUUACGGAAAUGUACCUUCUGUUGUUACAACUGUGGUUGGUCAAAUGGCCAUCUCCAAGGGGCGACAAGGAAGGGAAGCACAAAAUACUGUGAGGGUCUAUGUAGCAAAUCUACGACUUAAGGGAGUUUCUACAGAUGUGCUGAUUACUGCAUAUGAACCCAUUCAUAUCAAUCCUCUGAGCGAAAGUGCUACCGCUGUGGGAGCUGGUCUUGCUGCUCCUGCCUUACAAUCUGGGCAUGUGCCAAUGCUCGAGGUCUUCAGAUUAGCCGUGUCAAGCUUCAAAAUCAAUGACUGGAAUCUCUUUGGUUCUGGGCUAUGAGAUGUGUUUUAAACACUGAAGUUCUCCAGAAUCCAGAGUAUUAGCCUAGUUUUAAACCUCUUUAGCAUUCUCUCGCCUUUCAUUCGUGUUAGUGGAACAUUCUGAUGCGAUUUCUAGCUGGUUCUGAUAGUGUGAUAUUUUCACACCAGUUGAAGCAUUCGUCAUCGCUUUCUAUUGAAUGUAGUCUUGGUCGUCUCAGAUUAGCAUAGACUAGGAAGUAGGAAGAGACAAGAUUAAAUUCAU